UUCAGUCCAGGGCAUUGUGGGAGGCAGCCAUGGUCUGAGGCGGGCGCUCACCUGUCAGCCGCGCCGGCCCUUGCGCUCGCCUCUCGCCCUCGAGUGCUCCGCGCUCGCCGCUCGCCGCUCGCCGGGCGGGGCCGGCGGCUGCCGAGUCGCCAUGAUACAGUUCAUACUGCUCUUCAGCCGGCAAGGGAAAUUACGCCUGCAAAAGUGGUACACCACCCUCCCUGACAAAGAAAAGAAGAGGAUCACCCGGGAGAUCGUUCCGAUUAUUCUCUCUCGUGGUCACAGGACAAGUAGCUUUGUUGACUGGAAGGAGCUAAAACUUGUUUAUAAAAGGUAUGCUAGUUUAUAUUUUUGCUGUGCAGUAGAAGAUCAGGACAAUGAACUCUUGACACUAGAGAUUGUGCAUCGUUACGUGGAGUUGCUGGACAAAUACUUUGGAAAUGUCUGUGAACUGGAUAUUAUCUUUAAUUUUGAAAAGGCUUACUUCAUCCUUGAUGAGUUUAUAAUAGGUGGAGAAAUUCAGGAAACUUCCAAGAAGACUGCUGUCAAAGCCAUCGAAGACUCUGACAUGUUGCAAGAGACAAUGGAAGAAUAUAUGAACAAGCCUACCUUUUAACGAUGCAUCUACUUGAAGACUCCAAGAGCUACUUUUUGUAAACCUGUAAAUAACCAAUGCGUUGAAUUCAGUUUUUUUGAUCGCCUGUGGCACCAUGCCAAAGUUGCCUUAAAGGGAUUCCUUAUUAACUAACAAAAAUUAAAGUUGUUUAACAUAUUUAUAAUUACUGUAUGUCUGUAUUAUACUGUAUAUGUGUACUUACUGUGGUUCUGGGUGUUUGAAACAAUUGCUGCAUAACUCAAUAGAUAAUGUUUGUUUGCAAUGUUUUAAUUCCAUGUGAUAUUUUUAGUCUAGUUUGGAUAACUUAGCUGCUAUAUAUUUUUGUUGUGUUUGGUCCUUUGACAGGAUGAAAACUACAUUGUAGUGAUCCAUAAUGUUGAAUGUAAAGUAAAUAUCAUUAAUACUUUUUUCUAAAUGUUUAGUUUUUUAAAUUGUAUAAUAAUUAAAAAUUAUGCUAGUAGUUCAGAGACUAUACAUAAUGCUAGACAUUUUUUAUACGCUUAAUAAUACUUUAAUUUCAGUUCAGAUACAGUGUAUCUGUUUUUAAUGUCCUCAAUUCAUUUAUUUUUUUCAGAAUUGGAAUUAAAGAAAAUAACCAAAGAUAGUAUAGAACUUCAUAAGGGUUUUUGAUGCCUUAGAAGCUGCUAUCUGGACUGAAGUUUUAAUUUCACCUUUUAAUUGAAUAUAAGGGACAGUCCAGUUGAGGUUUUCUACAAACUCUACAUAUUUAUUAAAGGUUAAAGAGAUUUGGAGAUAGAGUAUCUAUGACUUCCUUUGUUAUAAAAAUAUGUUGAUAAGGAUUAAUAAUGAUAGCAAUAAUUAUUGCUAGUACUAUUUUAAAGAUGUCUUACAUUCCAAGCACUUAGUUGCUUGAGAGAUUUCUUUUAAAUAUAUUUUAAUGUAUAUCUAAUGCAUUUGAUGACUUAUUGGGCUUUCUCAUAGCAUUUAAUAUUAUUACAGCCUCUAUGGUAGAUUCCUUUCCUUCUUUUUUCUCUUUCCACCUCUUUCUCGCCAAAGAAAAUCUUUGUUGCUGACCAUUAUUUUUGUAAAUAUGUCACAUUUGUGACUCCUGGAAUGAAAGUUCUGUGUAACCAGGCCCUAAAAGUGAUCAGGCAUACUAUGGGGAAAUAGCUCAUAAUAUUCCGUGUUGGGGCCUGCUUUUAAUGUCUUGUGCGUUUUCAGUGUUAGUUUGCAGUCUGGUGCCUUUCCUGUUGGAGUGGUUAGGGACCCUUUGUCUGAGUUUAGCGCAUUUCCUAGAAGAGUAUGUUUGCUUGUGGCUCUCGAGGAGGUCCCCUCAGAUAGACCUUCAGAGAACGCAGUGGGAAAGUGUCUUCUUUGGUUCAUAUCAAUAGACAUAUUUAGGGAAAAUGGCAAUAAAAGAACAGAAGAACAAAGGAAAAAAUUGACCGAUUUCUCCACCACUAUUCAAAGGAAACAGUUCCAGUUAGCACAUGAGGUAAUCACUGGGCUUUUAAUACCUAAUAUUUCCUCACAUUGACCAUGUAAUUACAAGUAGGCAUCAGAGUGAAGUUUUUCAUUUUCUAAAACUUUGUUUACGGGCUGUGCCUGUAGCUCAAGGAGUAGGGCGCCAUCCCAUAUGCCGGAGGUGGCGGGUUCAAACCUAGCCCCGGCCAAAAAACCACAAAAAAAAAAAAAAAAAAUCUUUGUUUACUUUAGGUCUUCAGUUUUAUGGUUUAUUAGCUUUCUGUUGUACUAUGGUAGAACUCUUUAUUUUUCAGUACAGUUAAAAAAAUGAUGUUGAUUCAAAUCUGUCACCAUUUUUCUAGUCUUUUGAAUUUUCCACCAUAUUUGGAUGAAGGUAUCAUUCAAAUGUACUACACAUAUUCUGGAUAAUUCCACGUUAGAUACUGUCUAGCUCUGCACCGGGCUUCUCAGACUUCUUCAUGUCAAUGUCAUAUAUAGAAAACAAGCAUAUCUUUGGUACACUGGGGUAAAUUUGAGGGAUUUUGAGGACAUCCUUAUAUAGGUAAAAAUAAUCAUGUCUUCUUCAUGUUAUAGAAUUAUAAAAAUACCAAGUGAAAGGAAAGAUAAUAAAUAUUGAAUUUCUAUACAAUUUCAUAAUAAAAAUACUUUGUGUUUUUAAUGAGGAAUCUGAUAUUGUGCUUUUGUGAAUACAGGUUUUUGUUUGUUUGGUUUUGUUUUUUUGAGACAGAGUCCCAUGAUGUUGCCCUUGUUAGAGUGCCGUGGCCUCACAGCUCAUAGCAACCUCAAACUCUUGGGCUUAAGCGAUUCUCUUACCUCAGCCUCCCAAGUAGCUGGGAUUACAGGAAUCUGCCACAACACUGGGCUAUUUUUUUGUUGCAGUUGUCAUUGUUGUUUAGCUGGCCCCCAGGCUGGGUUCGAACCUGCCAGCCCUGGUGUAUAUGGCCAGCGCCCUAACCACUGAGCGACAGGCGCUGCCAUGAAUACAGUUUUUUGAAAUUUCUUAAAAUAAUGGUUAAAACUUUUCAUCAAACACAUUGUUCUUCUAAACCUAAUACAUGUACUUUUUCUUUAGGAUUCAUAUUAUAACACUCUUGAAACAUCACCGGUGAACUAUUUUUCAGUUUUCUAAGGCUUAAUACAUAUUAUUGGUAAAUGUUAAUGUCAUUUUUUACAUGGUCCUGCAAUUCUUUCAAAUUUUAAAAUAUUAAGGGGGUACAAAUGUUUUAGGUUACAUGGAUUGUUUUUUUAAUGCUUGAUUCCCAGGUAAAGGUAUGCACAUCACCCAAAUAGAGUUCGUAAUGUCCACUGGUAGAUGUCCGCUGAUAUUUACCUUCUUCUGGGCACAUACGUGUUCUAGUUUAAUAGUGAGUACAUGUGAUGCUUCUUUUUUCAUUCUUGAGAUAGUUCACUUAGGAGAAUAGUCCUACAGUUUCAUCCAGAUUGUUGCAAAAGGUAUCAAUUCAUCUAUUUGUUUUUUUAAAUUUCAGAUUAAUAUAAGGAUACGUACGAUUAGUUACAUUGGUUGUAUUUGAGUCCUUCACCCAGGACGUGAACCAUGUAGUACUCCGUGGAACACACACACACACCACAUUUUAUUAAUCCACUCAUGAAUCAAUGGGCACUUGGGUUGAUUCCACAUCUUUGUAAUUGUGAAUUGUGCUGCAAUAAGCAUUUGAGUGCAGGUGUCUUUUUUUGAUGAAAAGUUGUCUUUUCUUUCGGGUAAAUAUGCAAUAGUGGGAUUGCUGGUCUGAAUGGUAGAUUGACUUUUAGUUCUUUGAGGAAUCUCCAUAGUGUCUUCCUUAGAGGUUGUCCUAGUUUGCAGUCCCACCAACAGUGUGUAAGGAAUCCUUUCUCUCUGCAUCCACACCAGCAUCUAUAAUUUUUGGAUUUUUUAAUAAAAGCCAUUCUGAUUAAGGCAAGGUGAUAUCUCAUUGUGGUUUUAAUUUGCAUUUCCCUGAUGAUUAAUAACAUCGAACAUUUUUUCAUGUUUAUUGGCAGUUUUUCUUCCUUCUUUUGAGAAGCUUCUAUUCAUGUCCUUUGCGCACGUUCUAAUAGAGUUGUUUUUUCUCCUUGCUGAUUUGCUUGAGUUCUUUGUAAAUUCUUGUUAUUAGCCCUUUAUCAGAUGUCAGUAUUUUCUUCCACUCUGUAGGUUGAAUAUUUGCUCUGUUGAUUGUUUCCUCGGUUGUGCAGAAGCCUUUUAGUUUAAUCAAAUCCUAUGUAUUAAUUUUUGUUGUUGCCAUGACUGCCAUUGAGGUCUUAGUCAUAAAUUCUUUGCCUAGGCCAAUAUCUAGAAGAGUUUUUCCUAUGUUUUCCUCUAGAAUUCUUAUGGUUUCAUGAGUCUGCAAUUUUCGAAUAAGUUCAUUCAAAUGGUAUGGCAUGUCAGUAAAGCAAGCCAGUGAAUAUUUUCCAAUAAUUUCCAAAGGACGGGCCAUUAAAUCAUUAAAUUCUUUUUUUUUAAUUUUUAUUUCAACUCUUGAAAAACUCUUGAUAAAACUUUACUCAUAGACAAUAUUACUUUGGUAUUAAAAAAGCAAUAAUCUAUUUUGUCACAUAAAGCUAAAAACAGAAAGGUCUGUAAACAUCUAGGGCUUAAUGAGAUUCAUGUUUUGAUGAUACCGUUUAAUAUGGAAUUCAGGGCUACAGAUGAACUUUUGAUAAGUUCUUCAUGAAUAAAG